AUGGCGCCCUCAGACGUUAUUUCAGAGAAUGCUUAUGUCAGGCCUGUCCACCUGGCCCAGGUGAGCUUCCUCAUCCCUGCCUUUGGCUGGAACUUCACUCUGGACCUGGAGCUGAACCAUCACCUCCUGGCUUCACACUACGUUGAACGGCAUUUCAGCAGUGAUGGGACCACCCAGCACAGCACAGGGGCCGGGGACCAUUGCUAUUACCAGGGAAAGCUUCGGGAUAAUCCCGGCUCCUUUGCUGCCAUUUCUACCUGUCAGGGACUACAUGGAGUCUUCUCUGAUGGAAAUUUCACUUAUACCUUGGAGCCUCAGGGAGAAGCAUCCAAGGGGCCUCUCCCCCACCUCAUUCAUCGGACCUCUCUUCUCCGGAUCCCUGGAUGCAGGGAACCAGGUUGUUUGUUUGCCGCCCCCUCCCUUCCUGUUCCACCGGCCCUGCCCAGGCUGAGAAGGAAAAGGCAGGUCCGGAGAGGCCACUCCACUGUCCACAGUGAGACCAAAUACGUGGAACUCAUAGUCAUCAAUGACCAUCAGCUGUUUGAGCAGAUGCGGCAAUCUGUGGUCCUUACCAGCAACUUUGCAAAGUCUGUGGUGAACCUCGCUGAUGUGCUGUAUAAAGAUCAGCUGAACACUCGAAUUGUGCUGGUUGCUAUGGAAACAUGGGCAGGCGGUGACAAGAUCCAGGUACAAGAUGACCCUCUGGAGACCUUGGCUCAACUUAUGGUCUACCGGCGGGAGGGACUGCCUGAGCCCAGCGAUGCCACCCACCUCUUCUCGGGCAGGACCUUCCAAAAUGCAAGAAGUGGCACAGCCUACGUUGGGGGUAUCUGCUCCCAGUCUAGGGGAGGUGGUGUCAAUGAGUAUGGCACUGUGGCCUAUGUGGCAGUGACAUUGGCACAGACUCUGGGGCAGAAUUUGGGAAUGAUGUGGAAUAAACACCGAAGUUCAGCAGGCGAAUGCAAAUGUCCAGACACCUGGCAGGGCUGUAUGAUGGAAGACACAGGGCAUUACCUGCCCCAAAAGUUCUCCCGCUGCAGCUUGGAGGAAUACAGCCAGUUUCUGCAGGAGGGAGGCGGAAGCUGCCUUUUCAACAAGCCCCUCAAGCUGUUGGAUCCUCCGGAGUGCGGGAACGGCUUCGUGGAGGCGGGGGAGGAGUGUGACUGCGGCUCAGUGCAGGAGUGCAAUCGAGCGGGCGGGAACUGCUGCAAGAAAUGCACUCUGACCCACGACGCAAUGUGCAGCGACGGCCUCUGUUGUAGGGGAUGCAAGUACGAGCCAAGGGGAGUGUCCUGUCGAGAGGCUGUCAAUGAAUGUGACAUCGCUGAGACCUGUACUGGGGACUCCAGCCAGUGUCCCCCCAACCUGCACAAGCUGGAUGGCUACUACUGUGAGCAGGAACAGGGUCGCUGCUAUGGAGGACGCUGCAAAACCAGGGACAAGCAGUGUCGGGCACUCUGGGGCCACAAUGCUGCUGACCGCUACUGCUACGAGCGACUGAAUGUAGAGGGGACAGAGAGAGGAAACUGUGGCAGAAAGGGCUCUGGCUGGGUCCAGUGCAGUAAGCAGGACGUACUCUGUGGAUUUCUUCUUUGUGUCAACAUCUCUGGUGGGCCUCGGCUAGGGGACCUGGGUGGGGACAUCAGCAGCAUCACCUUCUAUCACCAGGGCAGGGAGCUUGACUGCAGGGGGGGCCACGUGGAACUAGCAGAUGGCUCAGACCUGAGCUAUGUGGAGGACGGGACUCCCUGUGGCCCCAACAUGCUCUGCCUGGAUCACCAUUGCCUCCCAGCUUCAGCCUUCAACUUCAGCAGCUGCCCUGGCAGUGUAGGCCGAAGGAUCUGUUCUGACCACGGGGUUUGUAGCAAUGAGGGGAAAUGCAUUUGUCAGCCAGACUGGACAGGCAAAGACUGCAGCGUCUACAACCCAAUGCCCACAUCUCCACCUACAGAGGAGACUGAGAGAUACAAGGGUCCCAGCGGCACCAAUAUCAUUAUCGGCUCCAUCGCAGGAGCUGUGCUGGUUGCAGCUAUCGUCCUGGGUGGUACCGGCUGGGGAUUUAAAAACAUCCGUCGAGGAAGGUAUGACCCAACUCAGCAGGGGGCAGUGUGA